AUGGAAAGGCCCUUCUACGGGCGGACAGGGGCGCUGAAUGACGCGCGUCAGGGCCUCGCAGCGACGGGGUCGCGUUUUUCGGGGGGCCGUCCAGCGAAGUGGUUUCCGUCGCUGCUGACGGUGCCGCAGCGUGUGCUGCAUAGCAUCACAGCGGGGGACGGCGUCGACCAAAGCAUUCUCCACCUACUUCGCGUGGCGUGCGUUUACGAGGAGCUGCGGAGGAGGCACACGGAUGGCACGCGCCACGGUGCCCUGCUUCGCGAUGUGUUGAGGUGGCAUCAAAUAUCGCUCGGCCAAGGCGCCGACUGCCGCUCCGCGGGCGCUGCGGACGACAUGUUCCAGCCGUAUGUCCCGGCGUACAACAUCUGCGUGCUGAAGGCGGGGCAGCCUGUGGCGACCCACGCCGCGGUCUCGCGCCGGGCGGUGACGCUUGUGGGCAAAGAUCGGGACGUGAACGACAUCCCCACCGACCACCCAAGUUGCUCCGCCCAGCACGCUGCACUGGAGGUUCGCUUCGUCUACGCCCACGCUGAGGCGCUGGACCGGCAGACAACUGCGUGCAUGGGGGAGCGGACGAUGAUGGACUGGGGGUCGGCGCAGGACAUUGGCAGGCUCUGCGACUGCGUGCGGGAGGCGAUGGCGGAGUUGGGCGACGGCGCGGACGCGUGGCUGAUGGAGCUGCAGGUGCUGGACCUUGGCUCAACCAACGGCACACGCCUCAACGGUGAGCGGCUGCAGCCGUUUAUCCCCACGACACUUAUCGAGGGUGACGUUUUGACCUUCGGUCUUUCGACGAGGAGCUACGUUGUGGUGCGGCCGUAG